UCUACGGGUAGGCAGGCAGGCGAGGUUGGGCAGGAUGCGUGUUGCAAGGAGCGCUGUGGAAAAAUCUCGCAAGUGACCAGGAAAAGAAAAGCCAGCCAGGGAAAACCCAACCGUUUGAGGAAAAAGUUUGGUUCGUGGUGCAGUGUGUGUUUUUUGUGUUUUGUUGUGUGUUUAAGAAAAAAAGAAGCCAAAAAAGGCAGAAGAAAAAGGAUAUUAUUGGCCCAAAUGGCGGCAUCGCCGUGAAGUGCUGGGCGUCGAGAUGUGGCUGCAGGAUUGCGGUUCUUCGAGCUGUGCAGAAAAACGGAUUGCAGCCAGCCGUCGCCGUUGCCGAAGAUGGCCAGCAGGAACGGUGCCACCAACGACGGAUAAAAGGAAUUGAGAGGGGGAAAAAGGUGUACACACCCUCGCACCGCCUAGUGCCACCAGAGCCGAGCAAGAAAGAGACAGAGAGAGCACCAAAGCCUGGAACUCACCGAUAUAGAGGACGGAUUGAACGAUUGGCAAGAAAAAAGGGGCGAAGAUUGGUACUCGCGCAGGGAUGCCGAAACCAACGGAGGAAAGCUUCGGUUCGCUCGGGAAGCCGGACUCGUCGCUGGACGAUGAUUUCGAGCUGGACGAGCUGGCCGUGUCCCGGAAGCCGCACUUUCUCGACUACGACAACAAACCGCCGGCCGAGCUGCUGGUCGAGCCGCACCAUCGCUACUGGAACGGGGUGAGGAAGGAGGUGGCCGGCGACCGGAAGCGUGAGUUUGACGUGGAGCAGGAGCGGCUGGAGCCCGAGGACCCGCUGGAGGUGGCGGAGCAGGAGGAGGAGGAAGAGUGCGGGCAGCAUUUGGCCCGCCCGGUGGCGCCGCCGGUGUGCGAGCAGUCGCUGCUGUUCCAGCGGUCGAGCGCACCGGACGUGGCCGCCAUACCGCUGAUGAACGUGUCGUACGAUGUGCCGAGCGCAACGGCCGGCACACUGAACAUGCUGCCGGGCAAGAAGCAACCGGCCGGGGUGAACGGGGCACGCGUUGGCAGCACCUGGCCGAUGAAGGAGCGGCCGAUCGGAGCGAUGUCACCACGGCGACAGCUGCCGCAGCAGCAGCAGCAGCCACAGCAACCGCACUCCCUGGGCCGGGGGGAGCUGGGCGAGGUCGGCCCGAAGAUGGAGUGCGUGUACUCCCUGCUGUCGAUGCUCGGCUCGACCAACGUGCUCGAGAUGUCGUGCAAGUUUCUCGAGCUGUCGCGCAACGAGGAAAAGUGUUCGGCCCUGCGCCGGUCCGGCUGCGUGCCGCUGCUGGUGCACAUCAUCCACAACGAGCCGAACGAGGUGGCGCGCCGGAACGCGCGCCACGCACUGGUAAACGUGGUGCGCUGCAACCUGGACGAAGGGUCGGCCCGGCGCGAGCUGAAAGUGCUGCGGCUGAUCGACCAGCUGAUUGACUACACCGACCUGCUGAAGGAGCAAACCGGACGCGACCGACCGGCCGAGGCGAAGGAGGACGCCGCGGAGGAGGAGGAGGAGCAGGAGCAGAGCGUACCGAUCGUGGCGGAAGCUAGGGAGGCACCGGCGGCCCCGGGCACGGACCCGGAGCGCCACCCGAUACAGGCGAUCGGGACGCUGGCGAAGAUCAGCUACGACGAGGAGCACCGGCACGCGAUGUGCCAGUUCGGGGCGCUGCAAACGAUCGCGUCGCUCAUCCAGCUGGACCACCAGGCGCACGGCAGCGGCGCACCCGACGCGCACAAGUGCGUGGAGAUGCGCCGGUACGCCAGCAUGGUGCUGACGAACCUCACGUUCGGGCAGGGCAACAACAAGGCGCUGCUGUGCGCGAACCGCGACUUUAUGCGGGCGCUCGUGUCGCAGCUCGGCUGCACCGAGCUGGUGCAGGUGACCGCGUCCGUGCUGCGCAAUCUGUCCUGGCGGGCGGACACCAUCACCCGCCAGACGCUGGUCGAGAUCGAAACGGUGACGCUGCUGAUGGAGGCGGCGAUGCGCUGCACCGUCGAGAACACGCUCAAAUCGAUCCUGUCCGCGCUGUGGAACCUGUCGAACCACUGCGCCCAGAACCGGGCGAAGGUGUGCGAGGUGCCCGGUGCGCUCGAGUUCCUGAUCGAUCUGCUGUCGUACGAGGCGCCGAGCAAGACGUGGAGCAUCGUGGAGAACGCGGGCGGCAUCCUGCGCAACGUGUCCAGCCACGUGGCGCAGUGCGAGCAGUAUCGGCGCGUGCUGCGCGACAAGCACGGGCUGAAGCUGCUGCUCGACCAGCUCAAAUCGCCCAGCCUGACGGUGGUGAGCAAUGCGUGCGGCACGCUCGGCAACCUGUCGAGCGAGAACGAGCAGGACCAGCGGUUUCUGCGCGAGCACGGCGCGGUCCCGAUGCUGCGCUCGCUCAUCUACAGCAAGCACAGCAUCAUCUCGAACGGGUCGCGGUUGGCGCUGAAGAACUUGCAGCAGCAGCAGCAGCAGCAGCAGCAGCAGCACAGGCCAGCGGUGGUGACGGUGGUGCCGGCCGGUGCCCUGCACGAACCACACCUGGAGGCGGCCUGGACUGGGAAGGGCGGCGAGCAGCUGCCGGCCAAGGGCGGCUUGCCGGGCCUGAACGUGCGCAAGCAGCGCGCUAUGGAGCAGGAGCUGGGCUGCGCGUUCUAUCGCAAGCAAGCCGAACCGGCCGGCCCGGGCGAGGAGCACCACGGCACGGCGGGGGGCGAUGUGGCGUCAUCACCCGACCCGGACCCGGAGCCGGAAACGCCCAUCAACUACGGGCUGACGGAGGAGCGGCUGCACCAGCACUCGUACGACUACCAGGAGACGGACAUCGACCAGCUGACGGACUACUCGCUGCGGUACGCCGAAAACCAGUCCGACUCGGAGGAGGAGGCGCAGGAGGUGGUGGAGGUGGAGGGGCAGGAGAAGGAGGCGGCAGGGGCGGCGGAGGCGUUCCGGCAUCGGGCGGCCGGCGCGACCGACCCGUCCGUGAACGUGCUGAUGCCGGAGGAUUCGGUCAAGUGCUACUACACCGAGGGUACGCCCCAGAUCAUCUCCAGCGCGACGUCGAUGAGCGAUCUGCGGGCAAAGCAGACGGAGCUGGAGUCGGGCGCGACCGAGCAAGCGACGGCGACAGUCGUGGUGGUGGUGGAGGGCGACGCAGCGAAGGGCCCGGUGCGCAAGUCGCACCCGAUACCGAUCGAGCGGGCGCUGCCCGCCGGCGACGAUCUCGGCUGCAACACGCCGGACAAACCGUUCAACUACUGCGAGGAAGGCACGCCGGACUUUAGUCGCGAGACGUCGCUCAGCAUCAUCGAUCUGCAGGAGGAGAGCGACGGCGGCGUGCUGCAGCAGCAAGAGAAGGCGGACGAGGCGAAGCAGGAACAUCCGCAAUCGCCGAAGCAGCAGCAGCAGCAGCAGCAGGAGCAGCAGGAGCAGCAGGAGCAGCAGCAACCGCAACCGCUGGUAAAGUCACCGACGGCGGCAUCGGUAGUGCUGGUGGACCCGACCGCCACCAUGCCCGGCACGCUCGGCAAGUCCGUAUCGUUUCUCAACACGGGCGCGGACGAGACGCCGCUCAUGUUUUCGCGCACCAGCUCGAUGGGCUCGCUGUCCAGUGCGGAACCGGCCUGCACCGACGACAAGAGCUCGAUCGUGAGCGAGUUCAGCCGGAUGGCGUCCGGCGUCAUGUCGCCGUCCGAGCUGCCCGACUCGCCGACGCAAACGAUACCGCACUCGCCGCACCCGCAGUCGAAGCGCCCGAUGCUGCCGAAAACUUCCCCGCCCGACGAUGGCGGUGGCGGUGGUGGAGGUGGCGGCGACGGCAUUGGGGCCGGUGUGCGUGGUGAUGGGGUGGGCGCGUUCGCCGACACGGUCAGCAAGUUUAACGUCGAGCACACGCCGGCCCAGUUUUCGUGCGCCACCAGCCUGAGCAACCUGAGCCUGCUGGAGGAGAAGGACGAGCGGCACCGGGACGAGUCGCAGCAGCAGCAAGAGGGUGGUGGCGGUGGUGGAGUGGGGACAAUUCCGUCCCAGCCGCCGGUGCUGCCGAACCCGGCCGAUGUGGUGCUGCUCGGCUGCAUGCUGAACGGGACGGCGGGCAACGCCAACGGCGCCACGAUCGCUCCGACCCACGACGAAGGGCACGCCUCGGACGGCGACUCGGACGGGGGCGGCGGCGAGGACGACGAGCUGCUCGCGUCCUGCAUCAGCAUCGGCAUGAGCAGCGUGGUGGCCCGCAGUGCCGCCAAGCACCAGCAGCACCAGCAGGAGAACAGUUCCUUCCUGACGGUCGCCACAAGGCAGCGCCGGUACGACGGCAACGAGGACGGGGGGCACGAUUCGGACGACAGCUCGAACCUCGACUCGGACAACAACGACCGGCUGCUGGAGGAGUGCAUCCUGAGCGGCAUGCCGAAGCCGAAGCAGCCGCCGCUGCAUCCGCUGCUGCCGCCGGGCGGGCCGGUGCUGAAGGAGCACCCGUUCAAGAUGAUGCGUACCAAUCACAGCCAUCCGCUGCUGGCGGCGCCCGCCAACGACGAGCUCAACCCGUACUACAUCGAGGACAGCCCGUGCAACUUCUCCACCGUGUCCGCCCUGUCCGACCUGACGAUGGCGUCCGACACGAUGGCGACGCCGAUGCGCGAAAAGUCGCUCGAAAGCAUGGAUCGCAAGUUAAUAGAUACGCUGGUGAAGGAGGGAUUCCCGAAAAAGCGCGAAAUUGCCGUCGUCAGCUCACCGUCGGUCGAAUCCGAAACGGAUGAGCAUCUGCUGGACGAAGCGAUCGCGGCAGGGAUCACGGGCAAAGGUCAGCAAGUGCGUGGCGACCAGACCGGUCCAGCGAGGCAGCCCGAAACGGACAUGUUCGGUGGUGGAGCAGCUCGCGAUGAGCUGCUGGCGGUACGCAAUCGACCGUCAGCGGGCGGUUGGGAUUCGCCACCGCGACACCGGCGCACCAACCACGGCCACCAGCACGACGACGACGAUGACGAUGAGUCGGAGCAGGAGGAAGACUACCAGCUGCUGGUGGAAUGCAUCCAGAAGGGCAUGCGGCCGCCGUCGGCGCACGGUGGGAAGCUGCGGGACGACGGGCCGGCACCACCGGCGACCCAGCAGGACGGUGACGAGCACCAGUGGCCGCUGGGGCCGCACGGACCGCGGCGUACGCACGUGCCCGCCGCCACCCUGCCGAAGCAGUCGUCUUCGCAUCCAAAAAACGUGCAAACUACGCCUGCGAUGUCGAAGGAUGUCGGUGCCUUCGAAGUAUCGCCAGGCGUAGGAAACAGAGCAAACCGUUCACCAUCGGGCCGGCCAGCCAGCGCUGGGGCGAAACAGUCGCCGGCGGGCCAUUCGCAACCGGAUACGUCCGGCAGCACCGACACCACCAUCCGGCCCAGCCGGCGGCCAUCGUCGCCGCCGAGCACGGCCGGCAGCAUCGGGGGGGCCCUUCCCGCGGCCACGACCACCGGGGCCGGGGCCCAAGGGCAGCCGGCAGCGGCGGCAGCGGCGGAACCGACCACACCUUCCGCCCGCACAGUCCCGAUUGGGUGUGAGGUAGUGGGGGCAGGGAAUGGCACGAUGCGGCAGGACGAGCGUGAUGGGGGAACGUGCGCGAAGCACAAGGACCCGGAACGGAUGCUCCAGUCGGUCGAGCGGCUCACCCAGGAGCUGGUGGCCCAGGUGGAGGAGUGGCAUGUGCGGGCCGCCAACCCGGUGCCGGACGGUCCCGACGCGGACGACGAGCUGGUUGCGGUCGAGGCGGCGGGCAUACAGUUCAAGAUCGGCGAGAGGGUGACGAGCGUUUAUUGCGACUCCGCCCUCAAGCUGGAACCCAUGCUGCAGGACGAGUCGCAGCUGGAGCUGGUGGACGCGGAGGGCAACCUGGACAGCGUGGAACCGCCGUCGAUUUUGUACCAGAUGUCGAUGCAACCCGUACCGCGCAAUGAAUCGGUGGUGAGCACGCUGAACGCCGACUGUCUGCCACCGAUCAGCGAGCAGACGGCCACAGCGGGCGGUAGACCGGUGGCGAUGGCGAACGCCACUCCGAGAAAGCAGCUCGCCAUGCACGCGAUCAACAAUAAAACGCGAUUGGAAGAUUUGAAGGGGAAAACCAACAAACAUCCGGAGCCAAAAAGCCCCAAGAAGGAUCCAGCCCGCGCGAAGAUUGCGAAACCGGUCGUCGAGAGCGUGGCGAAGGUGGCACGGGGCCGUCCAGCGGCGCCAGUCGUCACCGGACGACCCAAGGCCAGCUCCGCCACGAGCAGUCCCACCCAUCGGCCGUCGCAGAAACGGUUCGCUUCGGUGAACGGCCCGCGGGUGACGCCGAAGCCCGUCAAAAAGGCGCCCGCCGAAGCAGCAGCAGCAGCAGCAGUUGCUGUUAGCAAACCGGCUGCCAAACCAACCACCGUCACGCUGGUGCGCCAGGGCACGUUCGUGCUGGAAGAGCCGACGCUCUCGGUGCACGUGCCGAAGGUGCUAACCGAUCCGGCACCGCCGGCCGGCCCGGAGCGCAGACUGUCCGCGGGCGGCGCUGGCAAACCGGGCGAAUCGAAGAUACCGCUGCCGAGGGGGCUGAAGGAGCGGGCCGACGCCAAGCCGCUGCCGGCCAGGGUGAGCCGCAUUCCCCCUCCAAAGCGUACCGCACUGGGGAAAGAGUCUUCCCGCUCCGUGCUGCACAAGUAGGCGGGCGAUGCGCACCGUGUCGCUGACAGCAAACAAACGCUCACGCCUAGUGGUAGUAGUUUAUUGCAUUACAUAUUAUCGCUUAGCUUACGGAAUUCUUGCAAUAAUCAUUACUUGAUGCGAACCAAUAUUCUAGUCCGUUUGAUCGAUUUUAUUCCGCGCGUCCAAAUGCCAUCCAGUGGAUGAAUGAAGUUUUGCAUCUACAUGUAUUCCUAUUCCCGCGCGUGCCGUGUGCCCAGUGCUGCCCUGCGAGUUGGCGGAGAUGUUGCGAAGCAAAACAAAUAGUUGCAACAUUUCGGCAUGCACUCGCCACGUCACGGGCUGUUAGUAAGAAUUGAUUUACCCUUAAAAGCCAACAAACAUCAUCAUGAUCUACAAUCGACGUUAAGUUACCGCGUCUGCGCGCGCAUAUGAUAUUCCGCUAAUGUUUUAUUUAAGUUAUAAUUUUCUACUGCGAGCUUACCGCUUACUGCACCGCAAACUAGUUAAUCAAAAACAAACAAACAAACAACACAGAAACAACCGAUAUGCUAAAUUAUAAAGCGUUUCUAUUUACGAGCCAGCGCUGGUUAAGUAGUGUUGGCUGGUAGUGAAUGCGUUUAGGAUUAGAGUCUACUACUAUAUGUCGAAUUCAGGUAUGCGUGGUAAUAUUACACAGUUCAUUGAAGUUAAGUACAGCAUGAGACCACGGCUAGCCAAUGCGAUGCGUAUCAAGUUGGUCAGCGGUCAGUAGGAUUAGCAAAGUCUCUCGUAAAAUAUAAAUUGCAAAUUAAAAUGACAA